UAUUAAAUCUAUAAUGCACAAACGUUAUGUAAUCAGCUAUUAAAUUCGAUUAAUCAAAUCGGGUGCGCUUUUUCAUAUCUAUGUCAAAAAGUCUAAUCUUCAAAGAAAUCUUGGUAUCAUAACGUCGAAAUUGACAUUUAGAAGACGAAUUUGGUGUGUUUUGGAGGUACUGUGUUGGAUUAAAAAAGAGAACACAAAAAAAACAAAAUGAGUCGCGUAACUAAUAAUGCGAAAGCUGGAUUCAAAAAGGUUUCUCAUGUAAUUUUUGACAUGGAUGGCUUACUUUUGGAUAGUGAAUGUUUGUACACAGAAGCUUCUGUAAAUGUGCUCAACCAAUUCAACAAAACUUUUACUCAUGAAAUGAAAAUAAGUGUAAUGGGCAUGACUGGAAGGGAAUCAGCCAAGUUUCUCAUUAAACAUUUGGAAUUAUCUGUGCCUGUAGAAGAAUUUAUGAGACUGAUGAAUAUUGAAUACCAACAUAUAAUGCCUAAUGCUAAACUAAUGCCAGGUGCUGAGCAGUUGGUUAAACACCUUCAUAAGAACAACAUUCCAAUUGCUGUUGCUACAUCAUCUUGCAAGGAAAGUUUUGACCUGAAAACCCAGAACCAUAAACAUUUUUUUAAUUUGUUCCAUCAUACUGUAACUGGGGGUUCAGAUCCAGAAGUUGGUAGUGGCAAACCAAGUCCUGACAUAUUUUUAGUUUGUGCUAGCAGAUUCCCUGAUAAGCCAAAACCUUAUGACUGCCUUGUUUUGGAAGAUGCUCCAAAUGGGGUUACAGCAGCUGUGUCUGCAGGAAUGCAGUGUGUAAUGGUACCUGAUAAAGAAACAUCUCCUGAAAAAUGUCAACAUGCAACAUUGAUUCUACCCAGUUUGACAGAUUUAAAACCAGAAUUGUUUGGCUUACCAGCUAUCAAAUGAUUAUAUUUUUAAGUAAUAUAUAGUAGAAUAAUAUUUUAGAAAGUAAAACC